GAGGACCUCUCUGCUCUUGUUGGCUCCCAAGGUAGUCAAGUAUUGAAGAAUAUACUUUAGAUUAUCUCAAGGGCCUCAUCCGGCGUCCCCAGAGUAACCCCUCAAGAGAAAGGUACAUCGUCCGAGGAGAACCACAAAGUAAGCCAAGUAAAUGUACCUUGCCCAACACAACACAACACACCACUACAGCAGGUUCCAGUUCGAGUUCCAGUUACAGGUUCCCACGCCCGUUUGUGGCGCGAACGCAACAUCGCAGUCCCGCUACCAUCCAUUUGCUGCACCUGCAAAUUUCCCCUGCACUCCCAUCGUUUCCCUCCCACAACCCUUGACGCCAAACCUCGAUUCCUGCGACAUACUCACAAUCUUCUAGUUGUUGGCGAUCCCUCCUCUCUCUCCCCCCCAGCAAGCGCAUCGCUCGCUCCUCGGCCUUCUCGCGAAUUAACCGCCCCCAGAUGCCCAGUCGCUCGCCAACCCUUCGAGCAAUUGCAUGCGCAUGUGCUUCCCCUCCACCUUAAACGCCUUACACCGAACACUUCCCUCGCCCCCUCCGAACCUGCGACUCUACCCGCGAAUACGCACCACGUAGACCGAACACAACUCGAAGAGAACCAAAUCACACUACGAUAAUACGAAUGGCCGUAUGCCUCACGACCACGACCUCAGACACCGCUCGAUGACUAGCCAUACCAAUGGCGCCGCAUCUGCGCCGAAUCCCCUGCCGGACGCUACCCUUGCGAAUCCAAAGCUUGCCGACCCAGCUGGUGUCGCCGAGGCCCCCGCCCCGCCUCUGAUCGUAGUCAAGAGCCCCAGCGACGCCCCUGAUGCGGGCCUGAGAAGUCUCGAUCAUUACAAGAGAGCGCUGCCGCCAUGGCGAUAUCGACUGCGGCAGUCGCUGUUGCCACUGAUCCGAUGGGAAACACCUUACCUGGCCUAUCUGCAGGAAACGAUGCGCACCCCGUGGCUCGAUAGUUACUUUGCGAUCACGGCCAACCUCGGUACUCAUACAUUCUUCAUGAUCGGUCUACCCAUGCUCUUCUGGUGCGGGUACGCCUCCUUUGGCAAAGGUGUUAUCCACAUCCUGGCCGAGGGUGUCUUCUUCACCGGCUUUAUCAAGGACUUCUUCUCUCUACCCAGACCGCUGUCACCGCCACUGCAUCGAAUCACCAUGUCCGGAUCUGCUGCGUUGGAGUAUGGCUUCCCUUCGACCCAUAGCGCCAACGCCGUGUCAGUGGCUGUGUACGCAGUGUUGCUCCUCCGGAGUCCUGAGAACGCCAUGCCAGAGACCACCAAGACCGUCCUCGAGGGCCUGUCGUACUUUUACGCCAUUUCUAUCAUUCUCGGUCGGCUGUACUGUGGUAUGCAUGGCUUCAUCGACGUAAUCGUGGGCUCGGUCUUGGGUGCUGCCAUCUCUCUUGUCGAGUUCCACUACGGCCCGCCGCUGGACGCCUAUAUGCAUAGUAGCUCAUGGUGGGCGCCCGUUAUCGCUGCUCUCGUCGUCAUUGUCCUCGUAAGGAUACACCCCGAGCCGGCGGACGACUGCCCUUGCUUCGACGACAGCGUAGCCUUUGCGGGAGUCGUGAUUGGCCUGGAGAUCGGAACAUGGAUGUAUGGGCGGACUUCAAUCGAUUCGUUCGGAGGUUCUGCCCAUACUGUUGAGUCCAUUGAUCUCAAUGCGUUGGGCUGGCACAUUGUACUAGCCCGCGUUGUAUUCGGCGUAGUUGUCAUCCUGUUAUGGCGAGAGGUCAUGAAACCUACCAUGCUCAGAGUUCUGCCUCACCUUUUCCGUCUCCUGGAGAAGGUGGAGUGGAAUCUUCCCAGACGUUUCUUUACGCCAGCGUCCAUGUACAAGUCCAUUGACCCGGGUUCGAGGAUGGAUACGCUUAUUCCCAACGUCAGAGAUUUGCCCCGUGUAGUCCAGUCCAUUCGUCACCCGACAACGCGUGGUCGCUCUGUAUCGAUCGGACCACAGAGUGCCGCCGAUGCGUAUGAGACACUUGCAUACCGCGAGCGACGACGCCGGGAGAGCAUCGGCAGCAAUGGCAGCAUCAAGAGCAAGGGCAGCAUGCACGAGCUUCGAGAGAAGAGCAGCGACUGGGAAGGGAAGGGAGCAACGUCUGGUGUUCAAGGCCACCACGGCAACUCGCUGAACGACUUUGAGCGCAUGAUGGGUACGGGGAGCGUGCUGGCGAGCCCGAGCGAGGAGAAGGGAGAGGUGGAGCUGAGGGUCGGCCAACAAGAUGAGAUGAGUGAGAAGGAAAUGUUCCUUCGACUCAUCCGCCCACGAGUGCGUUACGAUGUUGAGGUGGUGACCAAGCUGGUUGUUUAUACAGGUAUUGCUUGGCUGGGCGUCGGCCUCAUCCCAAUCAUGUUCGAGUUGAUCGGCCUUGGAUCGAACCAUCUCCGCACCGCGUAAACCAAUUCCAGAUUUUUAAUGGGAUACGUUCUUCACGACCGCUAAGAGGGGCACUCUCUAUUCACAUAUAUCUCUUCUAUAAAGUUCUUAACUUCUCGCAUGGCGUAUCGGCAACGUUGUACAGGAGACCCGCCGAAG